AUGGCAAAAACACAUAAGCUUAACACGGCAAAGCGUAAGGAGCUUCGCAGAAAAGAGGAGGAAAAUUUGCGAAUUUUAGCGGAAAAAGUAGUUGAGUAUGAUGUUAAGACUUCUAAGGCAUCAAUGUUUGCCGAUUUACCUAUAACAGAAACUACUUUGAAAGGGUUGAAGGAAGCUGCAUUUGUAAAAAUGACCGAAAUUCAGAAAAAUGCUAUUCCUGUAGCGCUAAAAGGAUAUGAUAUUCUGGGAGCUGCUAAAACUGGUUCCGGUAAAACAUUGGCAUUUUUAAUUCCUGUUAUUGAAAAGUUAAUACAUGAGAGAUGGACUGAAUUUGAUGGUCUUGGAGCAGUUAUUAUCUCACCAACCAGAGAACUCGCUAUGCAAAUAUAUGAAGUUUUAGUGAAAAUAGGAAGGUAUUCUACAUUCUCAGCUGGUUUGGUUAUUGGAGGUAAAGACGUAAAGUUUGAAAUGGAAAGAAUUUCAAAGAUUAAUAUCCUUAUUGGAACACCAGGCAGGAUCUUACAGCAUAUGGAUCAAGCAGUUGGGCUAAAUACAUCUAAUAUACAAAUGCUGGUUCUGGAUGAAGCCGACAGAUGUUUAGACAUGGGAUUUAAGAAAACGCUAGACGCGAUUGUUUCGAAUCUACCUCCAAAUAGACAAACUCUACUUUUUUCAGCAACACAAUCGCAAUCAUUAGCAGAUUUGGCAAGGCUGUCUUUAACUGAUUACAAAUCUGUUGGAACUCUAGAUGUCCUACAACCCGGAAACUCUCCCGCCACACCAAAGUCAUUAGAACAGUCUUACAUCAAUGUAUCUCUUCCAGACAAGUUAGACGUUCUAUUUAGCUUCAUUAAAUCGCAUUUGAAAUCAAAAAUGAUUGUUUUCCUUUCAUCAUCGAAACAGGUUCAUUUUGUGUAUGAAUCAUUUAGAAAGAUGCAACCCGGUAUUUCGUUGAUGCACUUACAUGGAAGACAAAACCAAACUGCUAGAACUGAUACUUUGGACAAGUUCAUUAGAGCACAACAUGUUUGUCUGUUUGCCACAGAUGUUGUUGCAAGAGGUAUUGAUUUCCCUUCUGUGGAUUGGGUUGUCCAAGCUGACUGUCCUGAAGACGCUGAUACAUACAUUCAUAGAGCAGGUAGAUCUGCUCGAUAUGGUAAGAGCGGGAAAUGUUUGAUAUUUUUAACCCCACAAGAAGAAGCUGGAUUCUUAAAGAGGCUAAAAACUAAGUCUAUCGAACCUAACAGGCUAAACAUCAAACCAUCAAAAAAAAGAUCAAUAAAACCGCAACUUCAAUCUCUGUUAUUCAAAGAUCCCGAACUAAAGUAUUUGGCCCAGAAGGCAUUUAUUUCGUAUGUGAGGUCUAUUUAUAUUCAAAAGGAUCGCGAAGUAUUUAAAUUCGAUGAACUUCCAUUAAACGAAUUUGCUGCUUCACUAGGGUUGCCAGGAGCUCCAAAGAUUAAAAUGAAGGGUAUGAAAUCUAUAGAAAAAGCGAAGGAAUUAAAAAACACAUCCAGGCAGCUCUUAUCUCUUUCGAAAGCUGAUGAUGAUGGUAACAUUGUUGAAGACAAAAAUAAACCAGUUAGGGCCAAAUACGACAAAAUGUUCCAACGUAAGAACCAAACUGUGUUAAGUGAACAUUACCUAAACAUUACCAAAUCUGGAUCACUAAGUGAUGAAGAAGAAGAUUUUAUGACUAUAAAGCGUACAGACCAUGAAUUGCGUGAGGUUGAUUUGCCACACGAGGUCUUGCCAUCUUCUAAAAGGGCUCUUAAGAAGGCUCUCUCCAAGAAAGCCUCCCUCUCUACUAAAGGCAACCCAACAAAAUUAAUAUUCGACGACGAAGGAAAUGCCCAUCCUGUUUACGAAUUAGAAGGCGAAGAGGGAUUCCAUAAAAAGGGUAAUCCAGAGUUACAGAAGAAAGAAUUCUUAAGUAAGGAAUCUCAAAUAAUGGCGCAAGUUGAUGUUGAGGACAAACAGAUUGCCAAGCAAAAGAAGCAGGAAAAGAAACGUAGACAAUUAGAAGCAUUGAGAAGAGAACAAGAGGCAAAUGAGAGUGAUUAUUCCUAUGAUGAUAAUUCUGGUCCAGCAGUUGCAUAUUUGGGUACUGGAAACCUUAGCGACGACAUGCAUUCUGAGUCGGAAUCCGAAGAUUCUCGGCCACCGAAAAAGGCAAGGUUCCAAGUAUCCGAUGUUGAAGAUAUUCAUAAUGAUUUCAUUGAGAUUGAAGAGCCGCAAACACUGGAAUCAUUAGAAUCUUUGACCGCCAAACUUAUCCAAAACUAA